UUAAGUCAUUGUUUGUGAUCGAGUCGGAGAGAAAGGUCAACUAACAAUAGAAGCUCGUGAGUAUAAUCACACGCGAAAGUAAGACUUCAGAUGUGUGCUUUUGUUCAAGUUCCUUUGGACUUUUUGCAGCAUUUCUCACCAAUAUCGAAAUACAAAUAUCGAAACGGAGAGUGUGAUUUUUUGUGUAUUUCUUCAGUAGCACCAAAGCGUCUUAUUCACAUGUGACAUGAAUAAUUAGCUAAAUAUAGUGUGGUUAAAAAUGGUGGCUAAAAUCCAUCCUGAACCUUUAGAUUUAAAUAAGUCUUCUGGAGAAAGUGCUGACCACGAUGGGAAGACCAAGACUGAAAAUGGGACGGACAAUGUUGGACAAAAAGAAGGCGAUCAUGGUUCUUCACCAACUGCUGACCCUGUAGAGUUUAUCAAUGUGAACACCUUAGAUGCACCCUUCACUGCUCCAGAGCCCCCAAAAAGUCCGUCCAAACCGAGACAGAGGGGAAUAGGAUUGGAGAACUUGCGCGUCCUCAGUUAUCUCCAGAUUAGACAGACAAAUCGCUACAUGGAAGAUUUCGCCAAUGUGCAAAACAACUACGACAUAGAAAAGAGUGACAAACAAGUGGACAAGGUCUUUUAUGGGAUGGAAUGUACAGCACCCGAAGUGAGGGCAAAAGUCCAAUCUUCCACAAAUGCGUCACAACCAUUCGCACUCAAGCUUAUUGAUCGAGAUGAUGGGAGUGAACUACUUGAAAUUAAUAGGAAUGGACUAAACGAAGUUCCCACGUUGGUCUAUAAACUGCGCCUCCGUCGUAAAGAACCUUGCGGAGCGAUCGCGUUGCAAUUCGGGUGGACAAAGUUAAGCCCGACUUUCACCGUUUUUGACCAUAAUGGAAAUCCACUUAUGAAGGCAGUCGGUCCCGCUGCGGCCUCAGGACUGGGAAAAGUCGUGGUGGCGAAAGAGUCCGCAUUUACAGUUUAUCGAGUUGGAGACGGAGACACUAAAGUGGGGUCCAUUGUGAAAGAUGGCGAUAUUUUCCAGCAGAAUCAAGCACCUACGACAAAGGAAGAAAUCAUUCGAGUGAAUUUUGAUGACAAAAGUUUGGACGAUUUGAGCAAAGCUUUGAUUCUUUGUGUGGCCUUUGUCCUGGAUUACACACAGUUUAAGCAACCCAGCAACUUUCAAAAGGUAGCGAGUCUACUGUGCUUCAAGUGCACUUAAUCUACGUUUAGCUUCUACUAGCUUAAAAAUAAUUUGUUUUGAAGCAUGUUAUACAAUUUCAUCUGUUUUUUAAUGCUAAGCUUGAUGAAAUAAAUAAAAUGAGUGUGAUAAUAUGUA